GCCUGGCCCAGUACCACCACGAACAAAGACUGGCCAACGAUGGAGCCCGGCUGGAGGAGGUGCUCUGAAAUACAGCAACCGAUGUCGAAAGAGGAGGGAAAGAAUCCGCAUGGAUGCACAGGAUCAUGUUAUCAGUGUGUCGGUGCUAUCGCCGUGUCAAUCAGAUGAAAAUCCUCGCCGAUCCAGACCCCCGCGAAGGAAGCCACGCAAAAGAGGUGGGAGGUGGGAGGACAAGUUCUCAACGAAAUCGCCGACCGUCUCUAUGCCUUUCGGAAAGAGCUUGCUUUGGUGGUGUUUCGGGCUGCCCGGAAGAAAGCAUUCCCGUAUUCCGCUUGUGCAAAUGUCAGAGCGGCGCGCGGAUAUUGUGAAGGCAGUUUCGGAUGGGUUGCGCUUCACACCCAUCGCUGCUGCCUUAGAUUCACGUGUGAUGCUUCCUCCAGCAUACCUGAGCUCUAAACGGGGUCUCAAGUAUUCAGAGAUGUACACGAGCCUAAAAGUCAGGAACCUCGCGGACCUGAAGUUCCCAGAGUCGGAACUUGCAGGCUCUGCAUGGGAGAUGCCGCUCUCUCUCUUGGUCAGGGGCCGAGCUGAUGUCCGGAUCAUCGAGAAGAAUGGGGUGCAGUUGCUGACAGACAGCAUUGCGAAUCCACUCAUCACCGGUGGUGAAGGCCCCUCAGCCUACAAACGCAGCCAGGCGGCAGCUCCUGUUUGCGUUGGCCCCGCCCAAAAACCGCUCUCCCUCCAUGUGGAGAGCUUGCCAGCCAGGUUGGAUGGGAACAUCGACCCGCAAGGCCAAGACGGACUGGUGACGUCGAACGAGUCAGCAAAGCGACGAAAGACGGGGCAGUAUGCGGCGGGUGAACUCUGUCACGGCAACUUGGGCAGGGUGGAGCAGACAUCGCCCAUGCACAACAAGGCCUACGUGUUUGGCGGUCGACUCUCGUCGUCCGAGUCUGAGUCCAAGUCCAGAAACCCCAACCACCACAAACUUGAACUCUGCGAUCCGAGAAUCCACACGCUGUCCCUGCCCGGCCCAAAACCCACAUCAACCCUUCGCCCGAAUCCCAAACCUCUCAUACCAGCUUCCCCGCUUUGCCCGUUCAGGACGCCUCGACCGGCCAGCCCGCCCGGCAGUGAAUGCCAUGAAAACUUGCAUAUCAGUGUAGCUACGGUUAAAGUAGAGGGGACAAGGGGACAGGAGUCCGGUUGUUGCGGCGGCCAUGCACAUUGAUAGACUGAGGGAGGUCGUCGCGGGUGGUCACCCA